UACCCAUCAUCUUUUUUUUUUUUUUUUUACAGUCAUCUCGAACUCCUUGUCCAUCUUGAAUAGUCAAAACAAACUAAUUCAUCUUUUAUAUAUAUCAUGGUUAAUCCAGUUUCCCCAACAAAUCAAUUACCGAUAGCACCUUCUAUUGUGGUUGUUAAUACAGAAAGUCAUCAAGAUAUGUCUAAAACUCGUUCACCAGGUGGUGUUUCUUUUAUGCAUCAUGGUGGUAAAUCUACUGAACGCGAUAUUCCAAAAACAGGUGCUUUGAAUAGAUUAAAGAAUGCUCCAAAAGAUCAGAUCCCUAUCAGUAAAGCUCCCAGACGACAAAAAUCAUCUCGUUUCUACGUGACUGAAAAAGUACAAUUGGAAAGAACUCCUGCUUUUCACGAGGUACCUCCUCAUUUACGCCAAGAUUUAUUUAUUCAAAAGAUUCGACAAUGUACAGUGGUAUUUGACUUUAGUGAUGCCUCAGCUGAACUCAACGAAAAAGAAAUCAAACGAAGUACCUUACAAGAAAUAUUGGAAUAUAUUGUUAUGGGUCGGAACGUAUUGACUGAAAUGGUCUAUCCGGAAAUUAUCAAUAUGUUUGCUAUCAACUUGUUCCGUCCUAUUCCUCCUCAAGUCAAUCCAGUGGGUGAUGCUUUUGACCCUGAAGAAGAUGAACCUGUAUUGGAAUUAGCCUGGCCUCAUUUACAAGUUGUUUAUGAAUUCUUUUUACGAUUCUUGGAAUCACCUGAAUUUAAUAUCAAUUAUGCUAAAAAACACAUUGAUCAUAAAUUUAUUCAUCAGUUACUGGAUUUAUUUGAUAGUGAGGAUCCUCGUGAAAGGGAUUUUUUAAAAACAACAUUACACCGAAUAUAUGGUAAAUUCCUCAACCUUCGUGCAUUCAUUCGACGAUCUAUCAACAACAUCUUCUUUCAAUUCAUUUACGAAACCGAACAUCAUAAUGGGAUUGCUGAAUUAUUGGAAAUUCUUGGAAGUAUCAUCAAUGGAUUUGCUUUGCCUUUGAAAGAAGAACACAAAAUCUUUUUGACUCGUGUUUUGAUUCCAUUACAUAAAGUCAAAUCUUUGGCUCUUUAUCAUCCUCAAUUGGCUUAUUGUGUGGUACAAUUUCUUGAAAAGGAUCAAACUUUAACUGAAGAGGUUGUGAUGGGAUUACUUCGUUAUUGGCCAAAGGUGAAUAGUCCCAAGGAAGUCAUGUUUUUGAAUGAAAUUGAAGAAAUGAUGGAUAUAAUUGAUGCUUGUGAAUUUCAACGAAUCAUGGUACCUCUUUUCACAAAACUUGGUCAAUGUGUCUCAAGUCCUCACUUUCAAGUGGCCGAACGAUCAUUGUAUUAUUGGAACAAUGAUUAUAUUGUAAGCCUUAUUGCUGAAAAUAUCCAAGUCAUUAUGCCUAUUGUAUUCCCUGCCUUGUAUCGAACAUCAAAAACUCAUUGGAAUAAGACUAUUCUUGGCCUCGUAUAUACUGCAUUGAAAUUAUGUAUGGAUAUUAACCCCGUCAUAUUUGAUGAAUGUGCUAAUCAAUACAAACUUCAGAGACAAUUGUAAGUGAAAAAAAAAAGCGAAACAAUAAAAAAAUAGAAACUGAUCGAUUCUGUAGGGAACGCAAACAACAAAAGGAACGUGAAGAAAAUUGGAGAAUACUAAAAGAGAAGACAAAAGCUGCGUCUGUAGUUGUUUCUUC